GUUUCAGYUUUUCCACGUGCGAGAAGUUCAGCUAGAGUUGAGUUCGUUGUGAAAACCCUCGCUAAAAAUGCUAGUUUUAUUCGAAACCCCGGCCGGAUAUGCAGUUUUYAAGCUGUUAGACGAGAAAAAACUSAAGAAUGUGGAUGAUUUGUACAAAGAAUUCGAGAGUCCUGAUGCAGCAAGCAAAGUUGUAAAGCUGAAGCAUUUUCACAAGUUUGAAGACACUACUGAAGCUCUAGCAGCAACAACGGCUGCUGUAGAGGGCAAGAUGGGUAAAGGGCUGAAGAAACUCUUGAAGAAGAUAGUUGCUAAAGAUGCCCACGAACAGCUUGCCGUUUCUGACAGUAAACUUGCAGGAACAAUCAAGGACAAGCUAAACAUUACUUGCGUAUCAACAACUGCUGUUCAAGAGUUGAUGAGAGGGAUAAGGAAUCAAAUGAACAACCUUGUAACUGCAACAACGGCUGCUGUAGAGGGAAAGAUGGGUAAAGGGCUGAAGAAACUCUUGAAGAAGAUAGUUGCUAAAGAUGCCCACGAACAGCUUGCUGUUUCUGACAGUAAACUUGCAGGAACAAUCAAGGCUUGUAAGCUGUGGGAUGUACUCAAUAGAGCAGGUACAAGGACCAAUUCAGCAGMAUGUGAUUUUUCUGAGAUUUUACCUGAGGAAGUUGAAGAAAAAUUGAAAGCUGCAGCAGAGAUWUCAAUGGGAGUAGAGAUUUCUGAUGAGGACAAAGAAAACAUCAUUUUCUUGUGCGACCAAAUAUUAGAGAUUGCAGAAUACAGAGCGCAGUUGUAUGAUUACCUCAAGAACCGCAUGACGGCAAUUGCUCCUAACUUGACUGUACUCGUUGGAGAACUUGUUGGAGCUAGACUUAUAGCCCACGCUGGGUCCCUUAUCAAUCUUGCCAAGCAUCCAUCUUCAACCGUGCAGAUAUUAGGGGCAGAGAAAGCUUUGUUUAGGUAUUGUAUCUCUCGUAUGCUGGCUGCCAAAGCUUCCCUUGCCAUCCGUGUUGAUGCUCUAGGUGAAGAUACCACCGCAGAAAUGGGUGUUGAAAACAAAGCAAAGCUGGAAUCUAGGCUCAAGAUGUUUGAAGAGGGACAGUUGAGGAAGAUUAGCGGCAGUGGGAAAUCCCAGGCAAAGUUUGAUAAGUAUGAAAAUAAAAGCCAAAUCAAAACAUACAAUCCAGAUGCUGACUCAACAAUUGGCAAAUCACCAAAGAAGCGAAAACAUUCAGAUAUGAAGUCAGAAGAGGAUGACGAGGUGAAAGAGAAAGCUGUWGAGAAAUCUSMAUCAGAAGAAGAAGAACCUUCACCAAAAAAAAGUAAAAAAGAGAAGAAAAAGAAGAAAGAAAAGCAGCGGAAAGCUGAAUCUGAUGACAGCGAUGAGGAGAAGGAAGAAAGCCCAGAAAAGAAAAAGAAGAAGAAGAAAAAGAAGCAGAAAACCGAAGAUUCUGACUAAAGCUCUGAUUUGUUUUUUGAAAUGGCUUUAAUAUUUUCCUCAAUGUAACGUGCUGCACUUUGAGUCUCCACUGUUUUUUGAAGCUUGCGCAUGUUUUCCUGGCGUUCGACUUCUGUCAUGGUCAAGGCCAUGUAUAAACCAUUCACAAUACUCUGCACUUUGUAAGGCUUGAUCUGUUGAGAAGAGACAAAAGAUUUUUGGAAUUUCUUGUUAAAAUGUGGACUUAUUUUACAUUAUAAGACAUAAAUACCUUCA